AUGCCCAACAUCACGCAAGAAACACUCCGCAAACGCGCGGAAUUUGUUCGCACAGGUGGCCGUGGCUCCAUCCGCCGCACCGUCAAGGCAGCACACCGCAACACAGGCGACGAGAAGAAGGUGCAGUCGGUGCUGAAGCGCCUCGGAGUCACGCCGUUCAAUGAGAUUGACGAGGCAAUAUUCUACCGCCAGGACGGCUCCGUCUACUACUUCGACAAGCCAAAGGUGCAGGCCUCCAUGCAGUCUCACUGCUUCGUCGUGUCCGGCCCCUACGACGUGAAGGAGGCGAGCGAAAUCGCUCAGUAG